AUGCUGCUGCUCGCUCUUGCAGCAUGCCUUGUCGCCGUUACGGUAGGCAAGGAAACGGUAGACCUAAAAGUUGCGACUGGGGAAUUGAAACGAGUGGAAGGAACAAAUUCGUAUGAACUCGGCGUAAAGGACGACGACAUGCUCCAAAUGUAUCAGAAGUGGAUGGACACUGGAAUGAGUUCGUUGAUGAGCGCCGUUGCGAACAAAAAGUAGGCAAGACUCCCAUGGGAACACUUGCAAUUACUUGUAGACUAAAGAGGCACCGAAAAUCCACAGCCGACAAGUUUGGAGAAUGCUCGUCCAAAGCAGAUGACGUCAUAAAGCAUGCAAAAUGUCUGAAGAAGCUGUUCAACCACAAGUUUGAGACACGGAAGCCGAAGAAAAUCAACCGCUUUGAUCGCUAUCGACAGCACAGGAAUGGUGAGGAGAUAGAAGAAAAGAGCAGCUUCCGACAGCAAUGGGACGAUAAUGUUGUCAGAAGAAAGAGAAGCGUAAAAUCAGCAAGCGGCUAUAAGAUAAAGAAGAAUAAAGUCAUAAUGACACCGAUGAUGCAGGUAAGACGAAACCUAGUCCAUCAGAAAAGAAAUAUUGCUAAUGCUUUUGCAGGUGGCCUGAUGCAGGUGACACUAUCAGUCUGUCGGGAAAAUACCGUGGAUUUGUCGCUGAAAAAUAAUUGCAAUUGCGCACAAAAUCCACAGCCGCAGCGUCACAAAGCAAUAAUCGACGAUUUUAAAGCGAGACGAAUCCACAUUAUUUUCCCGACUGACUGAUUACAAGGUUGUUGCUCAAGGUUCGACCCCCGUAUUUACCUUAAAAUUUUGCAUAUAAGCACCUUGUAUGGAGUCAUUUUACCAACCGUCCGCAAUACGUUUUACAAGACCUCCCUCUCAAUUAAAACUCUUUUCAGAUAGCAAAAAGCAUCUACGAGUCGAUCAAACACUCGACGAACAAAACAGACCUCCCCAAAUGGCAAGACACAAUAGAAAACAUCAAAAACAACGGCUUAGCUUUGAAGAAAAAGAAGAAAGAACUUGAAGAUAAAAGCGACGAAAGCCUUGACGCUAUGGGCUUGCAAGGAGUAAAACAUCAGCUUGACAAAGAUGCCAUAGAUUUUGACGGGGACUUGGAGGACAUUCAAAAAGACCCAGUCAAAUUUAAGAAACUUAUGGCAGAGAUAAAGAAAAAGAAAGGAAAUACGCCGGAGUCAAAGAUCAUGGAUCUGGUGAGGAGCGGCAUGGAGAUGGGCUACAAGAUGGCUGGAAAGGACACAUCGAAAUUUUACAACAGCUCAAUGAAAAUUGCCUCGCCAAAAUUUUUCGAGCUGUUUCCGGAAAAGGACAAUGAUACGGUAAGCCGACGACUAAAAAAUCAGCACUGCAAAAACGGAAUGCAGUGCAGUGAAGAAAACCAUUACAAAGGAGUUCUCGGUUACCCUCUUUGUAAAACGUUUGUAUCUUAUUGGCUCUUUAGGGACAUUCUUCCAAAACCGGACCUUUCUUUGCGAACGGGAAAACUCUCUUGGUCGGAAAUAGAAUGGGUUAAUUUUCGAGCGAGAGAGCAUUUUUCUCUCUCUUCUUAUUCAGAAAAUAUGACACGAAGUGUUACAAGCGAUCAGAAUUCAUGCUAGACCGAUAACUCGCGCUUUGCAGAAACGACCGAGAUUUUCAGUUUAACUUGCGCUUCAAACGGGUGGUUUUUAAGACUUGAAUACUUGAUUAGUCAAUUUUAGAACUCAAAAUCUCGCUUAAUUCUGUAAAACGCGAGCUAGGAAUUGUGCACAUGCCCAGGAAAUUGACUUAUGUUAUCCUUGGAAAACAUUGCUCCAAACCCCAACAAUUUUAGAUAAACCUGAUAUCCCCUUCCUUAUUCGCGCUUCAUGACAGCGAUGAUCCAGUUGAGAAUUUGACAAGUAUUCCUAAUAUGAUGAGAGCAUUUGGCCUUGAAGAGCAUCAGGUCUUCCUUGACAUUAUCAUGGAAGUGGCUGGUGUCAAUGAGAAGUCCGAGGACAUCGAAAAGGUAAUCCUGGGAAACUCAAGAUCAAUAACUUGCAAAUCAAAUAAUUACAGCAGCUGAAAGAAACGAGUAAGAACCAAACCGAGCGAAUGUAUGACGCGAUGAAAAACAUGGUGGAUGAAAAUAACGUCCCAUUAUACCCGACCGAGCAAAAUGCAACUGCAAUGGGACACUCGCCUGAGAAGUUUGAGUUCUGGCAGAAACUACGCGAUUCCUACACUAAGGAUCAGCUGAGGGAGAUGAAUCAUACCGGUUAUGCUGUGUUGAACAAACAGCAAAUUACUGCACUUUAUGGGCCACAGUCCCAUUUGUACAACGAGACCAAAUACAAUCUGCUGAUGAGCAUGACUGAAGAGGAGGUUCAUGAGGAAAUGGAGAAGCAAAUAGAAAUGAUGGCCGAAAUGGAGAGCUUCAAGCUGCGCAAAAAAGACAUCGUUUUAGCCCCAACACUGUUCACAUGGGUGGUACUGAACGCCCCGUUGGCAUCUCAGCCCUUCAUUCUGUCCCCGCUGCUGUUCGACCCGAUUAUCCUGUCGCCCUCAAUCUGGGGCGCUGUAAUUUUAACCCCCUGGGUAUUUGUUCCCUUCGUCUUGUCCCCUCGUCUUCUGGGUUGCAUCAUUCUGUCGCCUUGGUUGUUCUCUCCCAUUAUCUUGACACCUAUCGCGCUCCAUCCCGCUAUUCUGUCUCCCGGCCUUUUCAAUCCUCUAAUCCUGUCGCCUACUGUCAUGGUGCCCUUCAUUUUGUCGCCCCAAGUCUUUACGCCCAUCAUUCUUAGUCCGCUUUGCAUGGAUCCGCUCAUCCUGAAUCCUUUGGUCGGAUCCCCGCUGAUCUUGUCACCUUUUGUCCUAACCCCUAUUAUAUUAUCACCUCAGUUCCUCGGAGGUCUUAUUAUGAGCCCCUACGCGCUCUCGCCAGUUAUUCUGUCGCCUUUAGCGGCUUUCGUGGCCUUGCUAUCUCCCAGUUGGCUGAGUUAG